AUGGGUUUCCCUUCCACAAUUUGUCGACUGCUCGUAGCACGCGCAGAGGGUAGCAGCCACGAUCAAAAGACCACCGAGUCAUACCAAAAAUACCUCCAAUCACUAGCGCAGCCUGAUAUCAACGAUUUCGACGCGGUCAUCGCACAUUAUCAUGACGCAUGCGAUUUUCGCUACGAAACCGAUCCUCUAUAUCUCACUACGACUCUGGGCCUCGUCAUUGAUGUGUGGAGAUCUUUCGAAAAGGCAGAACAAACUGCAGCCGCGUUGCAGGAAGUCAUUCGGGCACAGGAGGAGACGCUCAAGCACUGCGAGGCCGAAGAGAACAAGCCAGAGGGUUACACUCGGCUCCUCAUUAACCUCGGAAAAGUUUAUAUCAUACUCUCUGACACGAACGAAAAAGAACGUACGUUCUCACUGGUGAAGUCCUCCGAGUAUCUCGAGCGGGCGCUAGCCUUUACCGCAGAGCACCCAGAAUGUCGCGCGAGCGACGAGACUGAAGCCAGCCUUACGCUGGGCAUCGCCUCCUGGAAACUGUGCGAUAUCGAAAGGCGUGAUAUCGCGCUGAAUGCAGCCAUCGCCAGGCUCUCCGGGGCGUAUCAAUGCCAGAACGAGUUUUUCAGCGAUCCUCUCCCUGCCCCGCAGGAUUUGGCAACUGCGGUACAAUAUCUCCACGAAGCCAUCGAUCGCAGUCCUCCCUCGGCGCAAAUCCGCGAUACAUCUCUGCUCCACCUCUGCCAGGCACUUCUCUUGCGGUAUGAGCUCAGCGAGGAUCAAGAGAGCAAGUGCCAUGAUCUCAUACGCGCCGAAGCGGUAGCGCGCACCGCGAUGCCUAUUGUAUCUCAGGACGUGCACGGAAAGUUCAAGGAUACGUUGAUUGUGAUCUCGGACUGGAAGGACCAGGCGGCGCAGGUUGACUCGAUGCAUGUCAAGCCGUCGCCCGUGGCGCCUGGUAGCUCCAUGUUGGACGCUGGUCGUACCUUUUGCGGGUCCCGCGCAUCGCGCGCUUUCCCGUGCCCGACGAGUCAAGUGAUCUUCACAACCUGGGCCUUGUCGACUCACCCGAGUACUUGUGUCCAGAGGCCUACGAAAACUAUUGCUUUUACACAAUCUAUUGGGCAUCGAGUAACUCCUCCCAACCGGAAACCCAGGGGACCCCGUAAAUGGUCGGUGUCCGGUAGGAAUUUAAUAUCCGUCAGCCCGCAAAAUCAGCUCUCUUUCGGUUCGAGCUACCACGCUAUCACCACACACUCAAGGUCAAGAAGGAUAUAA